AAGAAAAUUUAUAUUGUCUCUAAUUUACCUUCUAAAACUCUAAGAAGAAAAUAUAUAAUUAUGAUAAGAAGAGAAUUGAGUUCAAAUCAAAAUAAAUAAAUUUAAAAAACGCAAUACAAUGUCCUUCAAUCCAAAUAAUAUAAUUGGAGUUGAUCGCCCUUUGAAAAUAUUUGUCAAAGAAAGUAAUAAUAUCGAAGAAUUACCAGCUAAAAAGAUCAUCAGCAAACUUGGUUUCCAAGGUUUAGAGGCAAAGAUCGCUUAUGAGGAAGCUAUCAAUUUUCCCAAUGAAAAAUCACAACAAAAUAAUCAAACAAAGAAAAUUGUCCGAGGAAAAAGGAAACUAAUUGAAAAUACAACAAGUGCAAACGUAUCUGUAAAUUUAAUUUUCAAAGCAAUUGAAAGUAAAGAUAUUUCAUUUUUGAAAACUAAUUUGCAUACGAAUAAUAUAAAUAUAACAGAUGCCUAUGGUUGGACGCCUUUAAUGUCCGCAGCAUACAGUGGAAAUUUAGAAAUUGUUCAACUUUUCCUCAAACUAGGAGCAAAGAAAAAUAUCAAGGAUAAAUCAGGAUUAACAGCAGCAGCAUUAGCUAUAAAAAAUAAAUUUACAAAUAUUGUAAAACUCUUAGAGGAAAGAGAUAAUAAACUUAAGAACAUUUCAUCAAAAAAUCCAACAGUUAUUAAUAAACAUAAGAAAAUAGAAAAAAUAAAUUUCUACUGCAAUGUAUGUAAUUCCAAUUUUGAGAAUGUCACGCAAUUAGAACACGAAUCUUCGAUUGUACAUAUUUUUAAUAUGAAGCCAAAAAUAUCGGGAGCUCAUUACAUUGUUCCAAAGGGAAAUAAAGGCUAUCAAAUGCUUAUAAAUUCAGGAUGGGACGAGGAACAUGGUCUAGGACCAUCUGGAGAAGGUCGUAAAUAUCCCGUUAAAACUAUAUUAAAACAAGAUCGAAAAGGUCUUGGACUUGAGGAGAAAAAAAAUAAUAUUCCAAAAGUCACUCAUUUUAAACCUGGUGAUCGACGAGCCAUCAAAACAAAAAGAAGAGCACCCAAUGAACGAACUUUAAAGAAAUGGGAACGAGAUAAUCAUCUUCAACGGGAAGCACGAAGAGACAAAGCACUUCGAAAAGCAUUGUCCUAAGAAAAAAAAAGUGAUCGAAAAUAAUUUUCGAUUAAAACAAUGGACAUCAACCAGAAGGAGUUAUUAAAUCAUCUUGAACAAGUGGAAAGAAAAGCUGGAGAAAUUCUAACUGAUAGACAAGAUAUUGUUGCACUUGACAUGAGAAGAAAUGACGAUCGAGUUGGUUUACGAGCAUUACAAAAACA